AUGCUUCAUGAAGCGGCACUACGCAGUGGAAUCAAUUCCAUCUUGGACGAAACAGCCGGGGACGAUGAAGACCUGGCGUGUAUCCGAGAAAUCUGCCAAGAGACUUUAUCCAAAAGGGACCAAGUGACUGCUGCAAAGAGCAUCGCUCACCGUCAGGAGCUUAAAAGUGAGACUACAGACGGCUAUGGGGAGAAUACCGAAGCUGUAAACUGGAAAGCUUUCUCCCCACCAAAGAACGCUCCGAGGACGCUAAGUAGACCAAAGCUGAAUCGACGCCCGAGCUACGACAGUAUACCGGCAGGUGAAAUGCCACGUUGGAAGAUCAUAGACGGAAAUGAAGGUCCCAUCACGGAUAUUACGGUGAAUUUUAGAGGAGAUUCCGUUCCAGAGGGGUUCACUAAGUUGGAACGAUCUCCUAGUGGCCAGCGAGCAGAUCUGAAUAAAGGGGGGAGAGGGUCCGCUAUCUAUCUCUGUCAAAGCAAAGAUCAGUCCUCGGGGAAGGCUCCCAUUAGCGAGAUCAUUGCUAUUUUUCCUGAACGUGGCGAGUUCGUCCCUACGAAUUACGAGGUGGUUCGGAGGCGUGGCGUUCCAGCGAAUAUUAACACGGGAACACAAGGGGAGAAGAUCUACCUCUGCUUUAAACGCUCUUCCACUUCUGCGAUUGUCGAUUUAGCUGUGAUGUUUCCUAGGAAAAAUGAAACUCUUCCAUACGGGUAA